AUGAAUAGCUCCCCAAUGUCCCUGUACAAGAAGGGUAACCCAGAGAGUGGGACUUCUCCCAAGAGGGAACAGUCUGCAUCAGACAGCCCUGCCCAGGCUCAGUCCACCCCUCAUAGUUGUGGCACCAAGGUGUCUGCAGGGGGGUGGUUCAAAAACAAGGGCAGAGGCCCGGAGCAGGACAGCAUCCUCAUUGACCUGUGCAAAGAGGAGGCAGCCAGUCCUGCAGGAAAUGAGGUGUGCAAGCUGCUGAUCCAUAUGCGUCACCCAGAGGUGUACCAGCAGCUGGGGGUUGUCCCUCCAUGGGAGUUUCUGCUCCAUGGUCCCCCUGGCUGUGGAAAGACUCUCCUGGCCCAGCCUGUGGCUGGUGCUUGGGAGAGGAUCAAUUCACGUUCUCUGGUACUUUUGGUUGACGUUCAUCGUCCCUUCACUCAUCGAUAUGUUCCUCCAGACCUGAACUCUUUAGCUGUCACAGCCCAGGUGAUGGUUAUUGGUGCUACCAAUCGGCCAGGCUCUCUGGACCCAGCGCUGCGCCGGGCUGGACGCUUUGACAAAGAAAUCUGUCUGGGGAUACCUGACGAAGCAGCUCGUCUCAGAAUUCUGAAGACCCUUUGUCGGAAGCUGAAGCACCCUGAGGACUUUGACUACCGGCAGCUGGCCCGCCUGACCCCUGGGUAUGUGGGAGCUGAACUCAUGGCGCUGUGCCGCGAGGCCGCCAUGAGCGCCGUCGACAGGGUCCUGCUGGAGAUGCAGGACAAGAACCAGGGGCUGGUCCCCAAGGCGGAGGGGAGAGGAGAGUCAGAAGGGCCUCAGGGCGCAUGUCCUCUCCAACAGGGCCCAGAGGUCCAGGAGGGAGCAGGUGAUGAGAGCUGUCAGGCUUUAGCAGACACAGAAAGCCAGGAGAUGACAGACCUAAUCAAUGUACCACCGAGAGAUGAGCAGCAGCCUCUGGCCACAGAGACAAUCUUCAGGGGGGAGCUGUGUCACCUGCUGUCUCUGCUGAAGAGCAGUGAAUCUCUGUCUGAGGAACAGAUGGCUGGCCUGUGCAUCCUCAUGUCAGACUUCCAGGGCUCACUGGCCAGCCCGCAGCCCUCUGCCAAGAGUGAAGGCUUCGCCACGGUGCCAGACGUCACCUGGAAGGAUGUGGGGGCCCUGCAUGACAUCCGCGAAGAGCUCACCAUGGCCCUCCUGGCUGUUGCCAAUGAGUCUGGACUUAACUUCAUCUCUGUCAAGGGGCCAGAGUUGCUGAACAUGAUCUGCUGA